AUGUCGAUGCUCACCCCGAUCCUUCAGCCCCCGGAGGUGAAGGAGUAUCUGUCCAAGGGUGAGCGCUUCAUCAAAUGGGAUGAUGAAACAGCAAGUGCUUCUCCUGUGAUUCUUCGGGUAGAUCCGAAGGGCUUCUACUUAUACUGGACUUACCAGAAUAAGGAAAUGGAAAUUUUGGAUAUAACCAGCAUCAGAGAUACUCGAGCAGGGAGAUUUGCCAAAAUCCCCAAGUGCCAGAAACUCCGGGAGGUUUUUAACUUGGAUUACCCACACAGCACCUUCCUGCUUAAGACUCUGACUGUUGUGUCCGGCCCUGACAUGGUGGAUCUCACUUUCCAUAACUUUGUGUCCUACAAGGAGAAUGUUGGCAAGAGCUGGGCCGAGGAUAUCAUGGCCAUUGUUCGGAAUCCCCUCACGUACAAUGCUUCUCGAUACACCUUCUUAGAGAAAAUCCUGGUAAAGUUGAAGCUGCAACUUAAUGCAGAGGGAAAAAUUCCCGUUAGGAAUAUUUUUCAGAUGUUCCCUGCAGAUAGGAAGAGGGUGGAAGCAGCAUUAAGUGCUUGUCAUCUUCCCAAGGGCAAGAAUGACGCUAUCAACCCAGAGGACUUCCCUGAGACUGUGUACAAAACUUUCCUUAUGAAUCUGUGUCCCCGGCCUGAGAUCGAUGAGAUAUUUACCUCACACCAUUUCAAAGCUAAGCCCUACAUGACCAAAGAGCACUUGGCAAAGUUUAUCAACAAGAAGCAGCGAGACUCUCGCCUCAAUGACAUCCUUUUCCCACCAGCUAAACCUGAGCAGGUGCAGAGCCUCAUAGAGAAGUAUGAGCCCAGUGGCAUUAACAUCCAGAGAGGACAGUUGUCUCCCGAGGGGAUGGUCUGGUUUCUCUGUGGCCCCGAGAACAACGUGGUAGCACUGGACAAACUAGUGCUGUACCAGGACAUGACCCAGCCACUCUCACACUACUUCAUCAAUUCCUCACACAACACCUACUUAACAGCUGGUCAGUUUUCUGGCAUCUCGUCUCCCGAAAUGUACCGCCAGACCCUGCUGGCUGGCUGCCGCUGCGUGGAGCUGGACUGCUGGAAGGGCCGGCCCCCGGAUGAGGAGCCCAUCAUCACUCAUGGCUUCACCAUGACAACUGAGAUCCUCUUCAAGGAUGCCAUUGAGGCCAUUGCAGAAAGUGCUUUCAAAACAUCUCUCUACCCUGUUAUCCUGUCCUUUGAAAACCACGUGGACUCGCCCAAGCAGCAGGCGAAGAUGGCUGAGUAUUGCCGGACCAUAUUUGGAAAUAUGCUGCUGACAGAGCCACUGGAGAAAUACCCAUUGAAGCCAGGAGUUCCCCUACCGAGUCCUCAAGAUCUCUUAGGGAAAAUAUUGAUUAAGAACAAAAAGAACCAGUCUGUGUCAGGAAAGAGGCAGAAUUCCUUGAAGAAAGGGAGAAACGUAGAACCAGAAAUCACCGAGCUGCCAGCCUCUAUGGAUGGUGAAGAUACAGUCUGGGCAGGCGAUGUGGCUGAAGAGGAGCCAGAGGAAGAAGAGGAACAGCUGGGAAACCUGGAUGAAGAGGAAAUUAAAAAGAUGCAGUCAGAUGAGGGCACUGCUGGUUUGGAAGUGACGGCAUAUGAGGAAAUGUCCAGCCUAGUUAAUUAUGUCCAGCCCAUCAAAUUCGACUCCUUUGAAGUCUCUUCCCAGAAGAACCGGAGUUAUGUCAUCUCUUCCUUCACAGAACUGAAGGCUUACGAUCUGCUAACCAAGUUCCCCUUGCAGUUUGCAGAAUAUAAUAAGCGACAAAUGAGCCGGAUUUAUCCCAAAGGCACCCGGAUGGACUCCUCUAAUUACAUGCCCCAGAUGUUCUGGAAUGUCGGCUGUCAGAUGGUGGCACUGAACUUCCAAACCAUGGAUGUCCCCAUGCAGCAGAACAUGGCUCUGUUUGAGUUCAACGGCCAGUGUGGCUACCUGCUCAAGCACGAAUUCCUGCGGCGCCCAGACAAGCAGUUUGACCCCUUCUCCCUGGACCGUCUGGACGUGGUGGUGGCCAGUACCCUGGCUGUCACGAUCCUUUCUGGACAGUUCCUCUCAGACCGCAGUGUGAAGACGUAUGUGGAAGUAGAGCUCUUUGGGUUGCCAAGGGACACAAAACGCAAAUACAGAACCAAACUGACCUCCACGGCCAACUCCAUUAACCCAGUGUGGAAAGAAGAGCCUUUUGUUUUUGAAAAGAUCAUGAUGCCAGAGUUGGCAUCUCUCAAAAUUGUGGCCUGGGAGGAAGGAGGGAAGUUCAUUGGCCAUCGUGUCAUUCCUGUUAUUGCUGUGCAUUCAGGCUACCACCACGUUUGUCUCCGCAGUGAGAGUAACAUGCCUCUCACGAUGCCCUCGCUCUUCGUGUACCUGGAGAUAAAGGACUACGUUCCUGACGCGUGGGCAGACCUGACUAUUGCUCUCUCCAACCCAAUCAAGUUCUUCAGUCUCCAAGACAAGAGAUCAGUGAAGCUAAAAGAUGGCUCGGGCUCAGUGAAGAGGCCUGAAACACAGAGAAACUUCCCCUCUGCUGAAACUAAUGGGCUACCAGAGUCCACCGGGAAAUUCCACGCUCCUUUUUCAAAUGGACCUGCAGGAGCAGCAGCUUUGGUGAAGGAUGUAAGUGUGAAAGCAGCGACACAAAUUGCAGAGCCACAGACAGCCAGCCUUGAAGAACUGCAGCAGAUGAAGCUCUUUCUGAAGCUGCUGAAGAAGCAGGAGAAGGAGCUGAAGGAGCUAGAGCGGAAAGGAAGCAAACGCAAGGAGGAGCUGCUGCAGAGAUAUUCCGCCCUCUUUUCGGAGCCUGUGUGCCACGGAGGCAAGAAAAGGAUGAUAUAUCCUGGAAAAACACAGAAGAAGAAGAGCAUCACAACAGAUGACCUUGGUACGUGGGCCAAUCCUGUAGAAACAACAGAAAAUACUGAUAGCCAAGCCCUGGAGCUGAGGGACAGGUUGGAGAUGGACCUCAUCCACCUAGGGGAGGAAUACCACGAUGGCAUUCGAAAGAAGAAAGAGCAGCAUGCCACAGAGCAAGUUACCAAGAUAAUAGAGUUAGCCAAAGAGAAGCAGACAGCUGAGCUGAAGGCACUGAAGGAGUCAUCAGAAAGCAAUAUUAAAGAGAUUAAGAAGAAGCUGGAGGCAAAGAGAGUGGACCGAAUCCAAACCAUGAUGAGAAACACCAGUGACAAGGCUGCUCAGGAGAGGUUAAAGAAGGAAAUUAAUAACGCUCACAUUCAGGAAGUGGUGCAAACAAUCAAACUGUUGACAGAAAGGACAGACAGAUAUCAACGGCAACUGGAAGAGAAGCAGACAGAUAAUCUGAAAAAAAUCAAGGAGAAGGAAAGCCAGCUCCAGCAGGAGGCAAUGGUGGAGUACAAGGAGAAAUUGAAAAGUUUGAAUAUGGAGGUGCAGGAGAUGGUGAAGAACUAUGCAAAAGCAGCCUUUCCUGGAGAGCCCCUGAUGAAGAAGGAAGCUGCUGUGAGCACCACUGAGGAGGAACAAGGCUCUGCAGAGCAACGGGCAGAAAACCUCCCAGGAGCAGAGGUGUCAGGGCUUGCAAUAGCCACGGCUGAGCCCUCAGGGGCCGAGGCAGCAGUUGAGAUUGAAGAAAGCAGAGUCUGAGAUAUCCUUCUCUUGCCAUUUCACUUCCCAAAGGAUGUUUA